CUUGUCAGAAAACUGUCACUUGUCAGUUCAAUCGAUGUCAGCUGCUGGACUUUAAAGAGAAGCCGAAUUUUUCUUCAAUUAUAUAAUAACUUUAUCUAAUACUGUAAGAAUGGCUUCUUCGAUCACCAAAGGACCUUUACUCCGUAUAGUAACGGCCAGAGGAUAUUCUCAAGUGGCUCCAGUUAAUGGUAUCGCCAAUUACGAUUUGAAAACCACUACUCUCACUAACAAACUGGUAGUUGUAGCAGCAGAAAAUGAAUCCGCUUUGACCAGAAUUUCCGUCACGUUCAGAGCUGGAUCGCGUUACGAAACCAGCGAUAAUCUCGGUGCUGUACACGUUAUCCGUACCGCCGCUGGAUUAUCCACAAAAAACGCAUCCCAGUUUGCUAUUAUCCGUAACAUACAGCAAGUUGGGGCUAGCCUAACUGCUACAGCAGACCGUGAAACUAUCUCUUAUACUUUGGAAGGCACCAGAAAAGCUGUAGAGCAAGUUUUACCUUUCUUGAAAGAAGUGGCUACUGAGCAAGUAUUCAAACCCUGGGAACUAUCCGAACUUGGAGAUCGGUUAAAGAUUGACUUGGCAGUUCGACCAUUGCAGUUACGUGCACUUGACUUACUUCACAAAGCUGCCUACAGAACAGGGUUGGGCAAUUCCCAGUUUGUUCCCAAAUUUCAAAUAGGUAAACUUUCCUGCGAAACAUUGCAACACUACGUUGCCAAUACCUUCACUUCAAGCAGAGCGGCUGUAGUUGGUUUUGGAAUAGAUAGUUCCAGUCUGACGCAGUUCGCUCAGUCUUUGAACUUGGAGCCCAACGAAGGUGUCUCCAAUCCCAGUCCUUACAAGGGCGGAGAAAUUAGGUCGGACAAAGGGGGCGAUUUCGCUUUUGUGGCGAUCGCUGGCGAGGGGGCCGCGGUGAACAACCCCAAAGAAGCCCUAGCGGCCGCCGUCCUACAGAACGUCCUCAGUGCCGGACCCCAGUUGAAAUGGAGCACCAACGACAACGGAGUCAUUCCCAGGGCCCUAGGUGGCACCGACGGCUAUUCAGUUAGGGGCAUCAAUGCAAGCUACAAAGACACGGGAUUGGUCGGAAUUUUGCUGGCCGUGCCCGCCAAGUCGGCCAAGAAAAUUGUACCGGGAGCAGUGAAUGCUUUCAAAAGUGCCAGCGUCACCGAUGCGGACGUUAACAGAGGUAAAAACUUGCUGAAAACCAGUUUGCUGUCGGAACUGGAAAGCGGAUCGACAGCGGCUCAAGUAUACGGCGCGCAAGCCGCUCUAACCGGCACCGCUUUGUCCGCAGAGGAAGUCGCCUCUGUAGUCGAUUCAGUAUCGGCCAGUGAUGUGAACAGCGUUUUACAAAAGGCCCGAAAAAACAUCUCAAUCGCAUCGGUGGGCAACUUGGCCGAUGUUCCUUAUGCGGAUGACCUAUAAGAAACACUCAUUAUACAGAAAAAAUAAAUGUGUAUUUAUAAGAUUGUAUUAUAUACUUUCAAAUUAUUGUUAUUUGUAAACGUUUAAAAUAAAAAUAUAAUGGCAGAGCCAUAGAU